AUGGUAAAUGCCUACACUGAAUGGAGUAAAAAUGGAAAAUAUGAUGAAGAUUUGAAUCCGACUCGCUAUCGUGGCCCCGUGAUUGCAACUCAAGCCCUUGCGGAAUACUUCGAGAAAUCGGAACGAUCAUCUAUAAGGAUAUUAGAUGUAGCUGCCGGAAGUGGACUUCUGGGACAAGAGUUGGCCAAGUUUGGUUUUACGAAUAUUGAUGCAUUGGAUCCUUCCGAGGGCAUGCUCGACGAAGCUGUGAAGAGGAACGUGUACACGAAAUUUAUAUGCCAAUAUUUUGACAAUAAUUCCGACAUUCCAUGUGAUUCUUAUGAUGUGCUGAUUAUUUCUGGUGGCAUGGGUGAAGGCCAUAUACCCGGAAAUUCAAUUGAGAAAAUGCAAGAAAUCGUCAAAGAAGGGGGCCUGGUUGUGAUUGUGAUGCGUAAAGAGUAUCUGACAUAUGUAGAGGACUACAAAGACUUGAUUCCAAGGAUGAAACAAAUGGAGGAAGACAACAAAUGGAAGAUUUUGUCUUGUAAAACCGUGGAAGGAUACUCAUUUAACAAACAAGGAUUGGUGUUUAUUCUUAAAGUGUUACAAUCUAAAUGCUAA